AAAACAAAUUAUCACCACACCAGCUUUGACACCAGCUCUGAAAAUUAAAGUUGAAACUAUUGCAGAGGUGUUGCAGAGUAAAUUUACUUUUUCUCUUUGUUCAGUGUUUAAUUGCGCUUUUAAAUCGCAACGAAGUAUUUUAUUAAUUGAAAGUAGUCCCUGUUGAUUUUCUUUGUUCCUUAUUGAUAUUUGAGGUUUCUCCUAAAAACAGGGACUUUUUUGUUGACAUCAUUUCGUUAUUCGGCCAAAAUGUUUCGACCUGACGCUUUAGAUGAACGAGCUGCAUUAGACCGACAGAUUAUUCACAGCAAUCUUAUAAAUGUCGAUGUCAUUUCUCAAAUCGAAAGAGAAUUGCAAGAUGAGCCGUAUGACAUGGUAUCUCUAGUGUUCCUGUUGUAUGAAGUACCGGAUACUGCUUUGCAGAAGUUAGUUACACAUCAAAAGAUAGUGACAGAAAUGCUUGGAACUAAUUUGAAUUUACUUCAUGACUGGUAUCAGCAUUCAAAAUCGAAACCCACUUGGAAACAUGAGUUCCUGGAGGCACUUCUUAUUUGUCAAUUGUUUAACAUAGUUCGAAGAAUAGGAUUUGAUGUCCAAACGCUUCGAAAGCAUUACCAGACAGAUUACCCAGGAUUAAGUAUGUAUGUUGAUCCUUUAAGAAAGAUUUUAUAUAAAAUAUGUGAAGAAAUAGACACUCCAAAUUUAAUAAAACUUCAAAAAUCCUUAUUGACAUAUGAUAUAGAUGUAAGCGGGCACAAUAUAUGUGAAAUUAUAUUACUUGAACUUAUGUCAAGAAGAUUCAUAGGGAUUAAGUAUUACAGACAUGAUGAAAAAUACCUUACUGAAAUAAAAAUUGAUAAGUUUCUGAGAAUAAUUGAAAACUUUGAUGGAUUGAGAAAGUUAUCAUUAGAUUUAAAAUUUCUACAGAAUAAAUUUGCCAAUGAAACAAAUCCAAAUAAUUCCCUCAAGUGUAAGAUGGAUACUACAUCACAACAAAAUGAACAACCUGUAUUAGUUGAACAUACAAAUGAAGGAGGGAUUUUUGAUAUUAACAAUCUUUUAGACAUACAUGAAGAUUUAGAAAAAUUGCAAAUUAAUGAUGGUUUUCAUUUUGAAGCCGAUAAGAAUAGACACAUGGAAGAAAUUUAUGAAAUAAAAAAUAAAAAUAGAUUAGGAUUGUGUUUAAUAAUAAAUCAAGAGAACUUCUAUCCAUCAAGGCAAAGUAUAGAACUUAACAAUCAAAUGGAUCCAUUACAAACAAGGACUGGAUCAACCAAAGACAGAAUUGCAUUAGAAAAUACAAUGUCAUUAUUUAAUUUCGUAGUUAAUAGUCGUUCUGACUUGGGACACAAAGAGAUGAUUAAUUUCAUAAAAGAUAAUAUCAAAAACAAUAUUCAUGAAGAUGAUAGCAUGUUCAUGUUAUGUAUUUUGUCACAUGGUGUGCGAGGGCACAUUUUUGCAGCAGAUUCAGUGAAAAUUAAAGUUGAAGAUAUACAAAAGCUAUUGGACUCUGAUGAAGCAAAGAAACUGCAUUGCAUACCGAAAGUUCUUAUAAUCCAAGCUUGUCAAGUUAUUGAAAACCAAAAUCCAUAUCUAACAACUGACUCGCCCUUGGGUAAUAUAUUCAUAAAAAAAUCAGAUUUUCUAGUAUACUGGGCAACAGCACCUGAAUAUGAAGCUAUAAGACACAUUACUAAAGGAACUGUGUUCAUACAAAAUCUUUGCAAAGCAAUUAGACUUUAUGGAAAUAAAAAACAUUUAUCAGAUAUUUUUACUAUUGUCAAUAAUACAGUCACAAACUACUGCAUGAAACUGAAUCAUCCUCAGGUUCCCAUUUAUGAAAAUAGCUUAAGAAGGGCACUUUACUUAUUUAAGCCAUGAUAGAAAUUAAGAAUAUUAAUGUUAAAACUCAAAAUUGAAUGUAGAUAAGAGAAAGUAAUCUCCUUCAAGUAGGAUGCC